AACGGUCACCUUUUGGCCCCCCCCCUUCUCUCCCUCCUCCUCCAAGUUCAAAUAGAAAAGAAAAAAGAAAAAAACCGACGUAUCUCUCGGAAAAUUUCCCCGGAAUUCAGCGACAUCAACCAGUACUGUGAAUUUUCCCGGAAGGAAAUCGGAGUUUCUCAGGAAAACUCCACUUCAGAGGGUGCCGCUGCUGCAUUGUAUUUCUGGAGACGGAGGAAAUCGCUGAGCAUCGCGUCGUCGAGGUGUAGCGGCUGUUAGACAUGUCAUGCCUUCAAAGUGAUCCUCUUCUGCAAGUGGAAACGACAUGUGGAACACUUCUAUGUGAACUCCAGAUAAUCUGGGAUGAAGUUGGGGAGUCCGAUGCAGAUAGGGAUCAAAUGCUUCUUGAACUUGAAAAGGAAUGUCUACAAGUAUAUAUGAGAAAGGUAGAUCAAGCAAAUCGCUGUAGAGCUCAGCUAAGGCAGAGGAUAGCUGAUUCUGAAGCAGAACUUGCAGCAAUCUGCUCUGCCAUGGGGGAGCGGCCAGUACACAUAAGGCAGUCUGAUCAAAAUGCAGGAAGCUUGAAAGAAGAGCUCAAGAUAAUUCUUCCUCAGUUGGAGGAGAUGCGGAAGAGAAAAUGUGAGAGAAGACAACAGUUUAUUGAAGUUCUAGAGCAAAUACAGAUUAUUAUAAAUGAAUUACAUAGGUCGAAAGAACAUACUUCUUCUAAAGUAGUUGUGGAUGAAAGUGAUUUAUCCUUGAGGAAGCUGGAAGAACUCCAUGGACAGUUGCAUGCACUUGAACAAGAGAAGAGCAAUCGCCUGAAGCAGAUUCAGGAUUAUAUGUGUACACUGAACUCGCUCUGCAUGGUACUUGGACUUGACUUUGAGCACACAGUUUCUGAGGUUCAUUUAAGUAAUGCUGGAGGAUCGAAAGAUAUAAGCAACGGGAUAAUUGAGCAGUUGGCUUCUAUGAUUAAAAAUCUGCGAGAGAUUAAACUGCAGAGAAUGCAGCGGCUUCAAGACCUUGCAACGAACUUGCUGGAACUAUGGAAUUUGAUGGAUACACCUCUCGAGGAGCAACUAAUGUUCCAAAACGUUACUUGCAAUGUAGCUGCGUCUGAACAUGAAAUAACUGAGCCCGAUGCCCUCUCAGUGGCUUCUAUAAAUGAUGUUGAAGCAGAAGUAGCUCGGUUGGAAGAAUUGAAGUUGAGCAAAAUGAAAGAGCUUGUUUUAAGGAAGAGGUCAGAGCUAGAGGAUAUUUAUAGGAAGACACAUUUGAUCCCUGAAGAAGACAGUACCAUGAGCUAUAUCAUUGAAGCUGCGGAGUCUGGAGCCACGAAUGCCGCUAGUGUACUUGAACAAAUUGAAGUUCAUAUUGCGAAAGUCAAAGAGGAAGCUUUUAGCCGAAAAGAAUUGCUUGAAAGGGUUGAGAAAUGGUUGGCUGCACGUGAGGAGGAGAGCUGGCUUGAGGAGUACAACGGGGAUGAAAAUAGAUAUAAUGCUGGAAGAGGGUCCCAUCUUACCCUUAAGCGUGCUGAGAAAGCUCGAUCACUGGUUAACAAACUACCAGCGAUGGUUGAGGCCUUAGCUUCGAAAACUGUGUCAUGGGAGAAGGAAAGAGGGAUUGAGUUCACUUAUGAUGGCAUCCGACUACUCUCUAUGCUUGAAGAGUAUACUCUUCUACGGCAGGAGAAAGAACAAGAACGCCGUAGGCUGCGGGACCAAAAAAAGCUUCAGGGACAGCUGAUAGCAGAACAAGAAGCGUUAUAUGGGUCAAAACCUAGCCCCUCGAAAGUUCAAACUUUGAAAAAGGCUCCUAGAAUAUCAACUGGUGGAGCGAGCAACAAAAGACUUUCUCUCGGGGGAGCAGUGCUUCAAACUCCCAAAGCUGAUCCACUCCACUCCUUAAAAGCUAUGCCUCAUUCACGUCCUAUAAAGAAGAGUGAUAGGAUUAAGAAAAAUGACAGAUUCAAUAAUCAACAAGAUGAUGGCUUUGCAGCUUUUUCAGCUGGUAGGAGAGGGUUGGAUGUGGCUGGCCCUCCUGCAAAGAACUCAUUUGGUGCUGCAACUGCUUAUGAGCUAGAGUCGCCCAUGAGACGGAAACCCUUCUCACCCAUCACCUCUUCAGUGUUAACAAAGGCCCACAGGACUAACUCGUUGGACAAUGCAUCACAUGGAGAGACGCUACAGAAAGCAUUUCCAAGUAACAACACGUUUUCUACUCCCUUGAAGCAGACUCUUCUGACAACAGAUGACGAAAAUAUGACUCCCAGGACGAUGCCAAUCCAUGUUCCCUCCACACCCUCCACAGUGUCAGUUCCUAUGCACACUGCCAUGACACCGGAUCUUCUGUCCUUGCCUUCUGGUGCGGGUACCAUGAACGUCAAAGAAAUUCCUGAGGAGAUAGAGUACUCUUUCGAAGAACGAAGAGCUGGAUUCGUGCUUCAUAGAUCGAAUAUCAAGUCAGUCACUCAUGUCCGACGGUAUGAGGGGAACAUUAGCUAAAGACAUUUCUGCAUACUUCUCCACAUUCACCCUUUGUAUUUCAAAGUCAUGAUGGUCUAGUCAAUUACAAUGGCCUUACUGAUUAUAUGUACAUAGUCUACGAGCAAUUGGUGUAGCCGUAGGGACAGUUGAAUUCCUGCCUGAUUAGUGUUGCUGUUUUGUCGCAACUGCUUUAUCCUGUUUUGCUAAAAAAAAAAGGCUUUUGAAGACUUUUGCAACAUUCCUUCUCCAUGUAAUGGAACUCACAGGAAA